UGAAGAGUUUUCUGUGAUAUCUGAUGAUGAAGUGCAAAGUUCAAGAUUAUCAUCAAGUCCAAGUAGUGGAUCUCCUGUGAGUAAUGAAGCCAUAACUGAAACUAGAGCUACUACAGAUAUUCUGACCCCAAUGUCACUUGCCGAAUCACCACCUACAAAUGCUGAGGCAUGGGUUGGAGCAGGCACACGUGUGUUAGUACCUGUUGAUCUACCUGCCGGUGUUACGUUGCACUGGCAUUUUGCAUCUGAACCUAAGAGUGUAUCAUUUGCUGUCCUACACCAGCCUCCUCAGAUGGAAAAUUCCCAAAGGUUAGACAGCGAAGCAACAUCUUCAUCCACUCAACAAAGAGUAUUAAUUCCUACAACUCGCGUAGCAUCAGCUGAGGGAGCAACUGUAAAAGGGAGAUUACAGACUAAGCAACCUGGGGUGUAUACUCUUGUUUUUGAUAAUUCUUGCUCAAGACUCACAGCCAAGAAAGUUACAUAUAGUCUUCGACUGGAAAAUCAAGUUAGUUCAGCUAUUUCAAGAGUACCAGAAACAGACAACUCACCCUCCCCAUCUCGCUUGGAAGGAUCCUUGCCAGCGCCAUGAAUUAUCAAGUAACUGUUGCUUCAUUUGGUGGGCAAUUGUACAUGUAACUACAGCUAGCAACACAGAUUGAAAAUCAGUGGCACCUGUAGUUUAUGAAAGUACAGUACACAUUUGUUUUGAUGGACUGUUAAUGUACACAUUAACAAAGUAUGAAAUUUUCAUAUCCUGAAAGAAAAUACGUACUGCCUCCGAGCCUCUCACUUAACCCACAUGUAAAGUACCUGCCGAAUAUAAGUUUUCAUUGGAUCAGGUAUGACUUUAUUACUAAUGUGAUCUUGAAACUGCAAAACGUUCAAGUUUAUGAUUAUGCUGUAAAUUAGGCACUUUCCAAAUUUUUAAUAUGAAAGACUUUCAUUAGCUGUUUAUGAAUUUUGUUUUAAACUUUUUGUUAGAUGAGGUACUACCUUAUUUCAUCAUGUAUGUAUUCAUAAAUUUUAGGGACCAGAAUAUUUUUUUUAGUGUAUUGCCAACAGCAAAAUUAAGUACUGAUUUGCAGUGCCUUCUAUUUUACUUUUAAAAGAGAGUACAAAAUUUAUUACUUCUCAGUUAUUGUGUGUGGUUUAGGGGCAAUGACCUACAAUUUAGUGCAAUAUUUUAUCCAGGGUAUUUCACUUGGUGGAUUCAAAUAUAUGUACAGUACAGCAUAUUCUAACUUGGUACUACUAUUUGUAUGGGGUGAGUUUUGUGAAUUUUUAUCAGGUGUACUGCCAAAUAAUAACUGUUCAUAAAUUGAGUUUUCAAAUUAAGUUAAUGGUGAUCAAGCCUAAUGAAUUAUUGCAGUACUCAAUAAUGCACUUCAGUAGGAAAUUUCAGGACCAAAGAAUAUGUACAUUUGCAAAAUUUAUCAAAUGUGCCUUCAAAUAAAAUGUUAUUGUUCGUAAACAUUGCUUUAAAGAAGAUAUUUAUAUUUCACCUGUGAUAAACUUACUGGAGGUUUGCACCCAACUGCUAGUCAGCGAGAGAAGCCUUAAUCUUUGCAGGACUUUCAUGUGCACAAAUUAUGUCAAGAAAUAUUGACUUAGAUUUUAUUGCUACCAAUAAAAAUUUGAAUGCGAGAUGUAAGGGGAUGUGUACAUGAAAAUUAUCUGAACUACUUGUAAGUGGCAAUUCAUUUUCUGUUACAUGUGAUCCUAACCAAGUAAAUAAGCAUUUGGUUGCUAGAAUUUUAUAUUGCAAGAGCUGUAGAUGGUUUUAAUUUCAGCCUGUAUAUCUUUUUAGUUAUUUAAUUUUAAGUUGUAAUAGGCAAUAUUAUUUAUGGCUCUAUUGCAUUAGGCUGUAUGCUAAGAUAUACUGAAUUGAGUGCUGUACUUUAGAUAGUAUUAGUCCUUCACCUUGGUUUGCUAUAGUACUUCAUUAGGCUACUUUUGGUUGAAGUCAGAUAUUUUUGGUUAUCCUUAGUAAAAGCAGAAUUCUGUUGUCAGCAUUUUGUUAUGUCUUGAACUAAGGAUUACUGCUCAAUUGUUUCUGCUUCACCUAUUUCAGGGGCAUUGCUGUACUCAUAGCAGUUGCCAGAAUUCCUACUUGCAAUUUAAUUAACCUCUAUAAAAAUCUUUACCUGUUAACAUUUUAUGUUGUGUAUUUUCUGCAUUUCCACUUUUAUUGUUGGCACAGUGCCUUUUAAAGAAAUACAAUAUUCUGAUAACAGAUGCCAAUAAUAUAGUAAUUGUAAUAUAUUGGUUAGGUAACAUAGUAAUUAGGAAGUGAACUUUUUAUAUUAAAUAUGCAAAUUUGCAAUGCUUUUACAUUGUGUAUUAAUGGUGGUUAUAAAUAUUUAUAUACAAAUGUAAGAUACUGUAUAUUUUACAAUGUUGAUAUUUUGCUUAAUAAAUGACUGACUACUUUA